AGACCUCAAAGCAACAAGAGCCAUGGCGAGCUGGAUGUUGGCGGCCCUGGUGGUGUCCUGUGUGCUGGUGGGCAGCGUGACUCCUCAGAUCACCUUCUCCAGGUCGUGGGUGCCACAGGGGAAGAGGUCCUCCCCAACUGGCGACAUCCCCGAGCCUCUGGAUCCCUGCAGGGACGCAAGAGCGGCCACUCUCUCCUCCCUUGCUGGUCACCUCUUGGAUAUGAUGAACGACGUGGCGGCAGCUGACCACCGCCCCCUGCCCGACGACGGCACCACGGCACUCAGGCUCAGGAACGCCAUGAUGGACAGGCGUCGCCGCGUGGCUUAGAGGGGAACCCAAGCACUCUUGCCCCAACGCCUCGCCCACUGACUGAGGGGCGGCGGCUGGCGCAGCACACCUGGGCCGCAACACAGCCAGCGCGGGGACGGAAAUGCUCAUCACUAUCACUAUUUUGCCACAAAAACAUGAACGAAAGAAAGAAAAGAAACAUUGUAAAUCUAUAGAUGUGUAAUGUGCAUGUAAGGAUUAACUAGGAUAUUUGAAAAGGGUUAUGAUAAAUGCAGAGCUGCUUGUGUGUGUGUGUGUGUGUGUGUGCGUGUGUGAAAGCAUUCGCGCUCAGUUAAUCUCUUUUCCCUAAUAAGAUACAAAUAUUUUAUAUGAAUAAUUAUUUUUAUAAUUUAGGUUUUGGAAAGACGAAAUGGAAGAUAGACACACAUUUAUUAUUAGUAUUAGUAUUAGUAUUAGUAUCAUAUUAUUAUCAUUAUUAUUAUCAUUACCAUUAUUGUUAUCAUCAUCAGCUUCCUCAUUGCUAUAUGCAGUGAGCUUUACGAAACACACACACACACACACACACACACACACACACACACACAGACUGAGAGGAAAAACAAAAUCAAAGAUGAAUUUCACCACACUCCUCAUGUUAGAACCUUUGUACUUUGACAACAAUUGAAGGGCGUGAGGCGAGGCAGAGAGCAGCCAGAAAGUGUCAACAAACCAUCCUAUUAAUUAAUAAACACUUGAUAUGAA